AAAAUGGUCUUCUAUUUUAAAAGCAAUGUUGUGGAUCCACCGGCUGUGCUGUACAUGGGACGUGAUAAAUAUGAGAAUGAAGACCUAAUAAAAUGGGGCUUUCCGGAAGAUGUAUGGUUUCAUGUACACAAUUAUUCAUCGGCACACGUUUAUCUUAGAUUAGAAAAGGGACAAACAAUUGAUACCAUACCCGCCGACGUUCUAACCGAUGCCGCGCAAUUGGUUAAGGCCAACAGUAUUCAAGGCAACAAAAUAAAUAACAUUGAUGUUGUCUAUACCAUGUGGGAGAAUUUGAAAAAGACACCCGAUAUGGAACCCGGUCAAGUGGCCUAUCACAAUGAAAAAGCGGUGAAAAUGAUUCGAGUUGAAAAGCGGAAAAAUGAAAUUAUAAAUCGUUUGAAUCGCACCAAGACUGAAGAUUAUCCUGACUUGAGGGCAGAACGUGAAAAACGUGAUGCUCAGGAUAGAGCCGAACAAAAAGCCAAAUUGAGAGCACAAAAAGAACUGGAAAAGGAAAUGGAAAAGAAACGCAAAGAGGAAGAGGAAUUGCGUAGUUAUACAACGUUGUUGAAAACGGAAAAUAUGAAAACGAAUCAGGAUGGUAAUGAUUCGGAUGAUUUUUGGUAGACAA